GACGCUGUACAGCUGUUUAUAAUUCUUCGCCGUGGACAGAACACUGUAGGCUCACCUGCACGGACAUGAACCUACUUUUGAGGCCAAUCGUGCUUUUGUAUUAAAGCCAAGCCGUGGACAUUGAAGUAUACGGUUUCUUAACAUGAUAGAGCGCUUCUUGCGAUAGGUAAGCUCUUACAGUUUCGCGAUUUAGUCUGGCAUCUGAACAACUUGUGAACAUUCUAUUCUAUGCUGGAACGGGAUGACGCUGCUUCAGAAAAUUGAAUUCUCAACAUGGGAGCGUGUGUUAAAAUGUAACUUUUGAGAUGUCGAGACCCCUUUGUUGUUAUUUAACGUUCUGAUGAAACCACUUGCAUCCAGUUGUUGCCUUCACGAAAACGUUAUAUGUAGCCAAAACAGAAACCUGUAGAUUGUUCGGAAAUGACAAGGCAACAUUAAGUGUAAGUAGUGUUAACGGACAAGUUGACUCUCGCUUGCUCACUUCGGUUUCAAUUCUGGGAAUAUUCGGUGGUUUAUUGUCCCGAUGUCAUUGGAUGACUUUACCACUCUAUACGGUUAAUUUAGUAAACAGUCUAGCAAACUGCCAGCGGACAAGGAGAUGCGGGCUCGUGGGAGAAACUGUUAAAAAGGUUCACAGAAGACGAGGAAACAGUCACACCGUGAAUGAAUCAAAAUGUCGGCUAUCACCGCGGCUGAGAAAGUGGACGGAUUUACCCGAAAGUCGAUGAGAAAGGCCCAGAAACUGAAGAAAUCUCAAGGCUCGUCCCAGUUUCGAACUCAGAGCACCUGCGUUGAGCUUUCACCCCUUCCCCAGCUCAAAGACGCCCCCUCCACCGAGCAGCAGGAGCUGUUUGCGCAGAAGCUGCAGCAGUGCGCCGUGCUCUUUGACUUCAUGGACUCGGUGAUCGACCUGAAGAGCAAAGAGAUCAAGCGGGCCACGCUCACCGAGCUGGUGGACUAUGUGUCCACCAACCGCGGGGUGCUCACCGAGCAGGCCUACCCAGACAUCGCACACAUGAUCUGCACCAAUAUUUUCCGGACUCUUCCGCCCAGCGACAACCCAGACUUUGAUCCAGAGGAGGAUGAACCCACCCUUGAGGCCUCCUGGCCCCACAUACAGCUGGUGUACGAGUUCAUGCUCAGGUUCCUGGAGAACCCGGACUUCCAGCCCAGCAUCGCCAAGAGAUACAUCGACCAGAAGUUUGUGCUGCAGCUGUUGGAGCUGUUUGACAGCGAGGACCCUCGGGAGCGUGACUUCCUGAAGACUGUACUCCACCGCAUCUACGGGAAGUUCCUGGGACUGCGUGCCUUUAUCAGGAAACAGAUCAACAACAUUUUCCUGCGGUUCAUCUAUGAGACGGAGCACUUCAAUGGCGUCGCUGAGCUCCUGGAGAUCCUGGGAAGCAUCAUCAAUGGCUUUGCGCUGCCUCUGAAGGCUGAACACAAGCAGUUCCUCAUGAAGGUGCUCAUCCCUCUACACACAGCCAAGGGACUGGCGCUGUUUCACGCACAGCUGGCGUACUGUGUAGUGCAGUUCAUGGAGAAGGACCCGACCCUGACAGAACCGGUCCUCCGAGGACUCCUUAAGUUCUGGCCCAAAACCUGUAGUCAGAAAGAGGUUAUGUACUUGGGCGAGAUCGAGGAGAUUCUGGACGUGAUCGAGCCGACCCAGUUCAAAAAGGUGGAAGAGCCGCUCUUCAAGCAGAUCUCCAGAUGUGUGGCCAACCCCCACUUCCAGGUGGCAGAGCGGGCGCUCUACUUCUGGAAUAACGAGUACAUCCUGAGUCUGAUCGAGGAGAACAUCGACAAGGUCCUGCCCAUCAUGUUUGGCAGCCUGUACCGCAUCUCCAAAGAGCACUGGAACCCGACGAUCGUAGCAUUGGUGUACAACGUUCUGAAGAGCCUGAUGGAGAUGAACAGCACUUUGUUUGAUGAGCUCACCGCUUCCUACAAAGCAGAGCGCCAGCGAGAGAAGAAGAAGGAACAGGAGCGUGAGGAGCUGUGGAAGCAGCUGGAUGAGCUCCGGCUACGUGAGACUCAGAACAACAGCCACGGAGCGCCCAACGCACAGAAUAACAACAAUAACAACGCCAACGCCAACCACCACGAUAAGAAUACCGCCACCGUCGCCGCACACGACGGCAUCGGCACGGCCACAGAGCAGGGCACUGCCAUGGAAACCAAAUGACACCAAAUUCUUUUUUUUUUUUGACUACUUUUCUUGCCAGUCUGAGAUUGGUGUGUGACUAUUAAAGCAGUGGGGAUUUUUCGGGAACAGAAAAGAAAAUAUAAAUAUAUAAAGAGAUUAUAUUUCAUGAACAGUUAAGACUAUUUUUGGAUGUUAACGUGUGGCCACAGUAUAUUAUGAAACUUUUAACUUUAAUUUUUUGGUCUGAUCAAAAGAUUUAUCCUUUCACAUCUAGUUUCUUAUCUGAGAAAUGAACUUUUUUCGUGAUGUUUAAAUGUAUUAAAUGUGGGAGGAAAGGUGGGAAAGACAAAAGACUUGAAAAAAAAGUUUCUGAUUGUGCUGCACUUAUUAGACAGACUCCAUAAAUGGCUAUUUAAAAAAGUGUCUAUUUUAUAUGUGCUUCUCUUCUUCUUCACUGCUGCCAAUGUUGGGGUGCAAUUUUUUCUGGCUGGAGGAAAUUUUGUGUGUAUGCAUCUGAAUGUGUGUGUGUCUGUUUAAUAUUAGUUUAUAAUGUUGGUGAGAAAAACAUUAUGAAUGAACAAUCGUAUGAGGUUCUGGUUGGGGGAUAUUUGAGAGGGUGCACACUGCAACUUUGCUGGGACACAACCCUGAGAUUAUGUGUGCAGUCAUGAACUAUUUAAGUAUUAGACCUGCUAUAGUUGCUGAAUGUGCAUAUGGAAGUAAAAUUAGGCCAGCUGGCAUCUUUUUUCAUAAAUUAAGAUUAAUUAAGGGUGGUAAUAGACCAGAGAUGAGCCAUAUAUUUUCCCCAGAGUGUCAUUUUAAUACAUUUAUAUUUUUUAAAUGGAUGUUUGAAGUAUUACUCUGCUUAAAAGAGCGUUGUGGUGGCUAAUUCAAAAUGUUAAGGCCUUGGUAAUACAUUGUACAAGAGUACAAAACGUGGAAAUCUGCGCACAGGUGGUGUGGUAUAGGUAAAUAUUUGAUGAAGAUGCAGGGAGAUCAUGUCAUGACGAAAUACCACCUUUGGAUUGAUUUCCACGUGUGUGUGCUCCAUUUUGUGCAGUUACUGGCCACUGCAAUCUCACUAGGCAAGGAUGGAAAGGGGGUCGGUGUUAUUCAGGAUGAACGUCUGUUAUCUGUGUGGCUGUCUAGUCUUUCUGUCAGUGUACCAUUCCAAUCUCUGUGACAUACAAUCGUGUGGGGGAAGUUGUUUUGUAAUGAAAGACCUUAAAUGGUUUUGAACACCGUCGAAAAAUAAAGUCUACCUUAUGUUUCUA